CAAUUGUGCUACGAAACGGCACCGUUUUUGUCCCCAAGCUAAAGUGUCACCAACACUUUCGCAUGGAGUGAUGACAGUUUCACAACAGCAACGUUCCACUUCUCCUUAUAAAAAACAAACACAUCUUAAGCACUUCCCAAAGCUCGAACAAUCGACCAAACAAACUCUUGUUCAAUUCUCGUACCGGGAUAACCAUAUCCCACUUCACUGACCCAACCACACAAACAAACACAAUGUUUUCGUUAAGAUUCCCUGUUCCACUCGUGAACUCGCCUUCUUCUUCUUCUCCUUCUCCUUCUUUUCACUCUCACUCUUAUUAUCCUCCUUGUCACCGUUCCCAAACACAAGGACUUGCCAUCACUAAACGCGGUUCGGUCGCUGCCCCUGCCCGCGUGGCGCUUCGCGAUGAUGCAGGCGACGGAACCUCACUCGCCGGAGAGUCGCCGGAGCCAUGGCCGGAGGAGCUGUCACCGGAGCUGAUGCCGAAGCACGUGGCGGUUAUUAUGGACGGGAAUGGGAGGUGGGCGAAGUUGAAGGGUCUGGCGCCGUCGGCGGGGCACCAGGCGGGGGUGGAGUCGCUGAGGCGGUUGGUGAGGCUGUGCUGCAGUUGGGGGAUUAAGGUUCUGACGGUUUUCGCGUUCUCCACGGAUAACUGGGUUCGACCCAAGGUGGAGGUAGAUUUCUUGCUGAGACUGUUUGAAAGAACCAUAAAUUCUGAAAUCGAUGCUUUUAAGAGGGAAGGAAUUCGAAUAUCCGUGAUCGGAGAUUCAUCAAAGUUGCCGGAGUCUCUGCAGAAACUGAUAGCAGGAGCAGAAGAGGAUACGAAGCAGAAUUCAAGACUGCAACUGAUUGUGGCAGUGAGCUACAGUGGAAAAUACGACGUCGUGCAAGCAUGUAGAAGUGUGGCCCAGAAAGUGAAAGAUGGUGAGCUUUAUGUGGAUGACAUCAAUGAAAACAUAAUUGAACAGGAACUGGAAACUAACUGCACUGAGUUUCCAUACCCUGAUCUUCUGAUAAGAACCAGUGGUGAGCUUAGAGUGAGUAACUUCUUGUUGUGGCAAUUGGCCUACACAGAACUUUACUUUAACAGAGAUCUAUGGCCAGAUUUCGGAAAGGAUGAGUUUGUGCAUGCGUUGAGUUCAUUUCAGCAGAGACAGAGACGCUAUGGUGGACGAAACUCAUCAACCAUUCAUACCUCUUCUUCAUAACAUAUAGAUUUUUAGAUUUUAAACAAUCCUGAAGUAUUGCAAGUUGGCUUCUUAUAAAUGCCACCAUUAAGGCUUAAGAAAGCAGCAUGAAAAGAUAGUUAUACUUUUUAUAUUCAUCAACAAACUAAUAAAGAGGCAUUAAGAAAAGAGAUAAAUGUUAAUGUAGAGUUA